AUGACCGAAACCUACGAACUCAAAGAUUUGCCAGCUGAAAUGCAGCGACUUCUGGUGGGAAAGUGUGAUUUGAUCACCAGGUGUAGACUUCGUGCUUCCUCAAGAGCAAUGAACGAAGUCGUUGCUACUACGAAACUAUUCAUACCGUCCGUGAGAAUCAAGCAACUUCCGAAUGAUGGAGUUUUCAUAAAACUCGUUAUCAAACUUUUCAAAGAUGAAUACACUCUGAAAUUCAAAGAAACUGAAACAGGUGGAACUCGAAUCUGCCAGGCUUUUCGAAGUGAAAUUAUCGUCGAGGACUCCCAACCAAUCUGUGAAGCAGUGAACUGGUUCAAAAUAAUGUGUCUUCAAAAAAAUGUGACAAUUGGAAACUUGAUAAUUGAAACAACUGAUAACGCUGAUGGUAUGGGGCAGAAGUUCGGUGAAUUGGUUCAAAACAGCGAUGAGAUUCUGAGAAUUGAGUGUGACUCGAUCAUCACUGGAGAUGUUUGUUCUUUGACAGCAUCCGUUAUAUUCUUGAAAUCUACGAGUCUUACGGAAGAAAUGGUCUAUCGUCUCAUUGAAAAAUUCGUCAACAGAAGAGAGGCUGAAUCUGCAUUCUGCCUUGAAAAUCCUGGAAAAUGGAAUCUCGAUUCUUUCAGUCCGUCUGGUUUUGAAGCUGUCGACGAUUGGGGUGACAUUAAAUAUUAUGAAAACCGGCUCUUGGAUGACAAAAUGCCAGUCGUUUAUUUGCGUGUCAGCGAUGGAAGCGUUCGUUUGGAAGUCGGCAGAAAUGCCCUUCUCCGAACAUGGACUGAAAAUGGCGACAAGACAAUCAUUCCACCACCAUCGGACUAUGAUGAUUCUUCUGAAUACGAUUUUUAUGAUGAUUUCGAUGAUGACGAGAACGGCGAAUACCAGUACGAUUGGGAUCCUGAAAACGAAAUGCUUGAUGGGCUUUACGAGUCGGAUUUCGAUGAUGAAGGAGACUAUCCAGAUGAUUACUAA